AUGGCUUUGGUAGGAGACUUGGAGUUCUUCUCGCAGGAAUUCGGAUGGCCUACUGCGAACAGCAAUAAUUUGUGUCCUUACUGCAAGUGUGACAACCUUUUCAAAGAUGCAGAUGCUGUCGCCCCGUUCAAUGACUUCAGAGCAAGUGCUGAGUGGAGAAAGCAACCCAGAGAUCCAAGAGAAAAUGAUCACCCUUUGUUUAAAGUUCCAGGGAUCAAUUUUUGGUCCCCGAAACUUGAUGUGUUGCACAUGCUAGACCUUGGAGUCAGUUCGCAUUUGUAUGGAAACUUGAUCAACGACAUCUUGGAGGACCACCUACCUGGGAGCUUCGCUGCAUCCAUUGGAGCUUUGAACUCAAGAAUCCAGGAGCUGUACGAGAGUCAGUCGACCCCAGCUGCUGCCAGAAUCCCGAAGUUGAGCAAAGGGAACAUUCAAAGUCAGACUGGGUACCCGUGCUUGAGCCAUGUGAAAGGGCGACGAAUACGAGAGUUCUCGAGUGUGGCUGUGGGGUUGGCAGACUUGUACAAGGAUACAGUGGCAGGAAAGCAUCGUCUUGAAGCAGUGAAGGCCAUGGACGAGAUUUACGAGCUGUGUGACUGCCAGAAGUAUCGCUUUGACAGAAAGGAGCACAGAAGCAUGGAGAAGGCGAUUGACAGAUUGCUCCUGCACUACACUUUCUUGAGCAGAGAUGCUUUCAACAGGGGAAAGAAGAGGUACAGUGUCACCCAGAAGUUCCACUUGAUGGCACAUUUUCAUGUUCAGUGUAAAUGGAUGGCACCCAGACUUGCUUGGACCUAUGGCCCUGAGAGUUUCAUGUCGGUGUGCAAGAAAAUCGCUGCUUCAUGUGAUAGAGGAACGCCGAGCUACCAGAUUCCACUGAAGAUUUGUGGAAAAUUCGCCUUAGCUUACGAGCUCCUGCUGCGAGGAUGGCUGAAUCUGGAUGAAGAUGAGGUGGAGGGGACCUCUGGAAGUACCGGCAUCUCUCUUUGCCUUGCUGCCGCCGAGCGUGGCUACAAGGUGCAUGUGGUCCUGCCGGACGAUCAGGCCUCUGAGAAGGCCGAGCUUCUUCGCCGAUUUGGGGCCACGGUGCAGUUGGUCCGGCCGGCGAGCAUAUCCAGCCCAGAGCAUUACGUGAACGUGGCGCGCCGCCACGCGGAGCGGCUGGUGCUAGAGGAGGGGGAGGGUGCGGCCCUCUUCGCCGACCAGUUCGAGAACCCGGCGGCUAUGUCUAUUGUUUAA